AUGGAAAAUAAUACUUCAUUUUACUGCCUUAUUUGUGAUAAAAAUAUUACAACUGGUGAAGACCAAUAUCUUCAUUUUGAAAAGCAUAUAGAUAUUCAAGUAUUUAAUUGUCAAGAAUGUAAUAAACAAUUUAAACAAGAAAAAGAAUUUGAAGAACAUUUAGCUUUAUCUAAUCAUAAGAAAAGACCAAAUUUAAUUCUUCAAAAAUUUAUUACUUUUUUAUGUACAUUAUCACCACAAAUGGAACAUAUUAAUGAAACAGAUAUACGUAAUUAUAGAAUGUUAUUAUUAAAAGAAAAUAAAUCAAAAAGUAUGGAUGUUUAUGAAGAUCAAAAAACAGAAGACAAUUUAAAUGACAUUUAUGAUGGUAAUGAAUAUUCUACAGAUAGAAAAGAAAUUAAGGAUAUACAAUCCCAAUUAAUGCAUGACGAUAAAAAUGAAAGAAUAGAAGAUGAAUUUGUCUCAAUAUAUUCUGAUAGUAAUCUAAUAAAUGAGGAACAUAAUAAUUCCCGAAUGAUCAAAAAAAUGAGUAAUUGUGGACUACUUGAUUUAAGGGCUUUAGCAGACAAAGUAUUUAUAAAGUCAAAUAAUAUUGUAAAUAAAUGUAACAUUUGUAGGACAUCUUUUCAUACUCCUAAAGAUAAAAUUACACAUAUAUUUAUGAAACAUUUAAAAUUAAAAACAUUUGCUGUUUUGAAGUGUUCUUACUGCCUUAAAAGUAAUAAGAAAUCAAAUAAUUUUAUUGAUUUUAGUUCUGUAUUUCAACAUUAUAAGUCCAGUGGUGUGGAUCACUUAAAAAUGAGAUAUCAAAAUAAUUUAAACAGAAAUUAUAAAGGAAACGAAGAAUUUAUACAACUCAAUGCUAAAUAUGAUACUUUAUAUCGUUAUGAAAAUGAAUUUAAAAAAUGUUUUGUGCUUAAUAAAAUAUAA